AUGCAAGUCGGCCAUCUACUAAUUAUACCACUAUUUUUACUGCUGCUUGGCCACUCGAUGGGCCAACUCAAGAGGACUCCCAUCGCUCGCCAGGUGAACCAGAACAAGACCCAUGCAAAUGUGAAGGCGGAGAAGAUCGUGCUGGCGGCCAAGUACUUUCUGGUGGACAAACAAGCCUCACAAAGGACGCAGAUGGUGGCCAACGGAUUCAAUCUGGAAUACACCAUUCGGGUCUGCAUCGGAACACCACCGCAGUGUUUUAAUCUCCAGUUCGAUACGGGAUCAUCCGACUUAUGGGUGCCGAGUUCCAAGUGUGCAAGCACCAACGAAGCCUGCCAGGAGCACAAUAAAUACAACUCGAGUGCGUCGAGCUCCUAUGUGGAGAACGGAAGUGGAUUCAGCCUACAGUACGGCUCAGGCAGCUUGUCCGGAUUUCUCUCUACGGAUACGGUGAACAUAGACGGUAUGGUAAUCGAAAAUCAGACUUUCGUCGAGGCCGUCGAGGAACCAGGUCUAGCCUUUGUGGACACCACUUUUGAUGGCAUAGUUGGAAUGGGAUUUGGGUCCAUCUCCGGCGGCGUCGCCACUCCCUUUGACAACAUCAUCAAACAAGGAUUGGUCGAACGCGCGGUGUUCUCCGUCAACCUCAGGCGCGAUGGAACCUCGCAGUCUGGCGGAGAAGUCAUCUGGGGAGGAAUCGAUCCCAGCAUCUACAGGGGCUGCAUCAACUACGUUCCAGUUUCGAUGCCUGCCUAUUGGCAAUUUACGGCUAACUCGGUGAAAGUCAGGGACAUCCUGCUCUGCAACGGCUGCCAGGCCAUCGCCGAUACGGGCACCUCGCUCAUCGUCGUUCCCCUGCGAGCCUACAUAGCGAUCAAUAUAGUAUUGAAUGCCACUGAUAAUGGAGAAGGAGAGGCCUUUGUUGACUGCAGCCGUCUAAGCCGACUGCCGAAUGUUAACCUAAAUAUCGGCGGCUCUACCUACACACUUGCCCCAAAGGAUUACAUCUACGAGCUCCAGGCGGAUAACAAUCAAACCCUGUGCCUAUCGGGCUUUUCCUACUUGGAGGGAAAUCUAUUAUGGAUACUGGGGGACAUUUUCUUAGGAAAAGUCUAUACUGUCUUCGAUGUGGGCCAGGAGAGAAUUGGAUUCGCUAAGCUAAAGAGGAAUUCAACCUAUCGUAGGUAUCCCCACACCUACACGUAUGCUAAUGCUAGAGAACCCUCUAGAUACGGCAUCGAUUACUCGUUCUACGGCCAUGAAUACCCCAGAUACUUUACUUGA